CACACCAAAUAGCCGUCGGCGCGGGCGCACGGCUGAUGCGUCUUUUCCCACAAUUCCCAACUACGAUCUUUUCUUCCGGUUUGCCGAGAAGCUAAGGAGCAGCCAUGGGCAAGUUCCUGAAACCAGGCAGAGUGGUGCUUGUUCUCUCUGGACGUUUUGCUGGCCGCAAAGCUAUCAUUGUGAAGAACCACGAUGAUGGCAGCACUGACAGGACGUACGGCCAUGCUCUUGUUGCAGGUGUUGCCCGGUACCCACGCAAGGUGACCAAACGCAUGAGCAAAAAGCGUGUCAAGCAGCGCUCCAAGCUGAAGGCCUUUGUCAAGGUUUACAACUACAACCACCUCAUGCCGACUCGAUACUCUGUCGAUGUGAACAUUGACAAACAGGUCGUCAACAAAGAUGCCUUCCGAGACCCUACUCUCAGGCGUAAGGCAAAGAGAGAGGUCAAAGGAAAGUUCAUGGAGAGGUACAAGACAGGAAAAAACAAGUGGUUCUUCACAAAACUGCGGUUCUGAAGUAAUCAACAUUUUGGGCACACUGUAAAAUAUGUUAAGUAAGCCUGGUGAAGACAGAAAUUGGUGAGAAUAAAGCGCUCUGAUAAUCAGUGCAAAAGAA